AUGUUGUGGAAUGCAGAAAUGGACGGAUUUAUGUUGAUUGACUUCGAGCGAUCACAAUCCAAAACUGAUUUAGCACAAAACCUUGCACAACUUUUUCGAAAUCGGAAGGAGAGGCGACGUUUUCCGGUUGAGCAAGCCUUGAAUGAAAAGGCCGAAGAAAUUACUCCAGACUUGGAAUCCCGAGUCGAGAUCUUGUUCAUGAAUGAAGUGUCAUCUGCACGAGGAGAGGUUGCUAGAUUUCUAAAGCAGGCGAUUAUUAAGGAUGAGUGA